GGGGACUUUGCCUCGUCUCCCCCGACCCUCCCACCCUCCGUCCUCGCCCUCCUGCGUCAGCGCUGGGCCGGGGCUAUUUAAGAGGCGGCCGCCCCCCGCCCGCCCGCCAGCUCGGAACUCGCUCGGCCGCGCCCAGCCCGGAGCGACUCCGCCUGGAAGGAAGCCCGACGCGACGCUGCGCCCGCCCGACGCCUAAGUCAUGAACAGCUGCGUGUCCCUGUGCUUGUUGGUGGCUGUCCUGGCAGCGGGCGUCCUGGCGCAGAAUCCUCAGCCCCAGGAGAUGGCGCCCAGGAGGGACCAGAGGGCGGUGCAGAGAUUGGACGGCGACCCCCGGGCUAACCUUGGUGCGCUGUUGGCCAGAUACGUGCAGCAUGUCCGGAAAGCACCUUCCGGCCGAAUACCCCCUGCCAUUAAGAACCUGCAGAACCUGCACCCCACCCACAGAAUAAGUGACCGAGACUACAUGGGCUGGAUGGACUUUGGCCGCCGCAGUGCUGAGGAGUACGAGUAGCCCUCUUAGGGGACCCCUGCCUCUAUCAGCAUCCCAGGAAACAAUCUCCUGACACCAAGAAAGGGUCAGAAAACAAUCACCCUCAUAACUCAUUUUCUGGGAAGUUUGCUGUUUGAAGUAUGUAUUUGUUAAGUUCUCAAUGUGAAAAAGCUCUGAGAGUGUUCAGCACUUCCAUACUCUUCCACAGAAUUAUAUGAAGGGAAGAGCUUCCCUCAUCUGUGACUUGACUCCCAGUCCCAUGGUGUUGCCAAUGCUAAUAAAGUGAUUUCCUUCUGCA